GGCAUUAUAUCGAAUCUGUACAUUACCUCCAAUAAUCAUUUCUGAAUUGAUAAUGGAUCAAAUCAUGUAUUAGCGUCUAGUAACCUGUAAUAACAGUUGUAGAAGUUAUUUUAUCAUCAAAGAUGUCAACAACAAAAUCGGAAAGCCAGAACAGUUGUUCAGAAAAUCCCAUCGUUUGUACUAGAGGGAUGCUCGACAGUCCUUUGAAUGAUGAAUUUGUGAAAACAUUGAAGAUUUGUGAGACCGAAAUGAAUACAAGAUUUGCAAAGAUUGUGGCUCACGUUGAAACAGUAAGAGAAGAUUUUGCAAAAUUACAGAAGUUGGCAGAAAAUGUAUCGGAAAGAUAUCGAAACAAAGCAUCGAAUUACUCUGGGAAAAUGGACAGGAAGGGGAUCCUACAGGCGAUUCUAGACCACAAGUUGAAAAGUGAUGACGUCAGAUUAUUUUGCAUGUUGAUCGAACAAGCAUUUGAAUAUUUAGUCACAAGAAUAAACAAUGCUGUCAAAGUAAUACCGCCAUUGAAAUCCAUUGUCGCCAUUCAUCACGCAAGAGCCGUAAACAAACAAAUUCUGUUUGCUUAUGAUAACUUGGCGCAUGAGUUUGGAAUGACAAACAGCGGCAAAGCUGGAAGCGACAUUUAUACCAUGUUCGUAUUUAGACAAGACUUCGCUUAUACUUUGAAAGACACCGAGUGGAUGCAAAAAACAAAAGACUUUUUCGGUCCACUGGGACAAACUGUCAGUCACAGUGAAAAGCGUCGACAGAACUUAGAAGAACCUGACAUUUUGGUUUAUGCAAAAACAAGAAUAAUAGACGGGGUGGACGAUACCGAACUUGCUAGCGCUCUAGGUGCAUGUAUACGGAUUGUAAAUGCAAAGUUUGGAAUUCAAAAUAAUAACAUACGAUACUGGUACUGUGUUUUCUGAACGAUCGGAAUUUUGCCCGUAUGAUAUAGCCCAGGGGUGUGCAACAUGCGCCCGCAGAGAAGUGCCAAUUUUAAAUGGUGUGGAGUCCAAUUUAUCUAUGCAUAUGACUUUAUACUUGC